UCAGCUUUGCGCAACAGGUUCUCCAAAGAACAUUUAAGCUCGAACUCUGAUCCAUGUAGGGAACAAAAAGAAGCAUGCUGUCACCGCUUUGGCCCUUUGGCAUCGAGCAGGAGAUCAACUCAUGGGAUGUAGUGGAUGCAGAUUCAGGGUCAACUUUGGGAAGGCGCUGUCCAAAGUCUCGGUCUUUUUCACCAUGGUCCUAAUCUUCACCUACUUCUUCUACUGCCUCACCGGAUUUUGUGAUUCGGCUCCAAGAGCUGCAUACAGACAAGAAACUUCAGACUUGGACUAUGACAUUUUGGACGAUCUGCGGCCACCCCGGCGUCUCUUCCCCGAUGCGCCGUUUCAGCGGAACCGCACAGGCUCCGAGGACGCUCCGGCUGAGCCGUCACAGAAUACGCUGGACAGCGAAAAGGAGACUGUCCAGAGCAACGGCAUCCCCGUGUCCAACACUUUCGGGACCAAAAGGUUUCCGCAGGCGAUUAUAAUCGGCGUGAAGAAGGGAGGGACACGCGCCCUGCUGGAGUUUCUCCGCAUCCACCCGGACGUGAGAGCGUUCGGCGCGGAGCCGCACUUCUUCGACAGGUUUUACGAUAAAGGGCUGGAGUGGUACAGGAACCUGAUGCCUCGGACACUCGACGGGCAGAUCACUAUGGAGAAGACACCCAGCUACUUUGUCACCAAAGAAGCUCCAAGUCGCAUCUGCACUAUGAAUUGUCAAACCAAGCUUAUUGUCGUCGUCAGGGACCCGGUGACGAGGGCUGUGUCUGACUACACCCAGACGCUGUCCAAGAACCCAGGGCUUCCAUCCUUCCAGAGCCUCGCUUUGAAAAACUCCUCCACAGGUUUGAUUGAUACCACGUGGAGUGCUGUGCGCAUCGGCCUCUAUGCCAAGCACCUGGAGAACUGGCUCCAGUACUUCCCUUUGUCUCAGUUUCUGUUUGUUAGCGGCGAACGACUGGUGUCUGAUCCAGCUGGGGAGAUGGGCCGAGUUCAGGACUUCCUAGGUUUGAAAAGGGUUGUUUCAGACAAGCACUUCUACUUCAACCAGACAAAAGGUUUUCCCUGCUUGAAGAAGCCAGAGGGGAGCAGCAGACCCCGCUGCCUCGGAAAGUCUAAAGGCAGACCUCAUCCCCAGAUCCCCUCUGAGGUACUGCAGAGACUCAGAGAUUUCUACAGGCCCUUCAACCACCGUUUCUACCAGAUGAGUGGACAGGACUUUGGCUGGGACUAAGCAAGAGUCUUCUUUGUGGAGCGAUGCUCAUUUACUGUUUCCACAGGGCUAAUGUUCUCAGGGUACUGGGAGAGACAAAGUCCAUUCUGCCUCAGUGGAGUCAACACGACAUGCAGCACUCAUGAACUGUCACUGUUUUGUUGUAUUUUGAGGCUCAGACGGACAUAGUGCUGCUAAUAUGAAAACGACAAAUUUAGUUAAUGGCUUAAAUAUAUAACCGUUAAACUGUUUUUGACAUUCUUUAU